AUGCCCUUGCCUCUCUUCUCCAUCGGAGGCCCCAAGGAAAUGCUAGUCAUGGACAUCGAUGACGUUCGGAUCUUUACUGGCGCUCUAACAGAUGAAAAUGCUGGCAUUCUUACUAACCUGCAACCCGUCGACACUCCCGAAGACCAAUUAAUUGUCCCUGUCAAAGAUGACGCAAAUGGCGGCUGUGCUAUAGACAAAGCACUCUUUGGCACAGUCGCUGUCCUCACAGCCUAUACCACAAUAUUCGGAAACUAA